AUGGGGGGUCUGCUGACAAUGUGCGCGUGCGAGAGAGACUCUCAGUGCCCCGCUGACACGUGCUGUGCAACCAGCCUGUGGCUGUGGGGACUUCGCGUGUGCACGCCGCUGGGAGGCAGGCAGGACCUGUGCCACCCGUACAGCCACAAGGUGCCGUAUUGGGGCCGACGCCGGCACCACGUGUGCCCCUGCCUGCCGAGCCUCGCGUGCGUCCGCUCUCCGCCGGUGACCGGCCGCUACCGCUGCUCCUCCAGCUUCAGCAUCAUCGAGGGCCUCAUCUACAACUGACGAAGCGUCGACCGGGGCACGACUUGGCGGACAGCGGCUUGCGCAGCGCACGAAACGGCCACAGGGCACUUCGCUAUGACCGCCAUCGCCAGCCAUCGCCUCUCCGACGGCUGAUCAUGAAUCACUCAACUCCAUAUAUUACUUUUCGAUUUAAAGCUUCUUUCGUGACUGCAGGGAUUCAUCUUCUUGGUUCUUUCGGUAAAGUCACGUAGAAUGGAAAUAAUAAAAUAAUAAAAAUAAAACAUAAUAAAAUACAAUUCUCACGACGUUUCGGCCACAGCGCAAGCAGCCGUCCUCAGGUGAAGAACAGGGCUGUCGGAAAGACAGCGUCUGAAUGACGCAUCUACGGCGCAGUUGUCAAUCCACCGCUGGAUGAGAGCCCCCCUUCUUUCGCACCGCGCGUAGCCGAGCGUGCUACUCGGAGGUGCGGGGGUUAGGACAACACUGAACACACAGAAAAGCAGUUCAGUGGUCCAUACUUCACCAUUGCUGGCCAGCGGAAGGUUUGGCGAAGGAGGCGGGGGGG